AUGGAAGUCAGUCGCUCUGCCGUCGUCGAACUAAAGCGCAGAGUCGAAAUGAACAUGAAAGAUCACGCCGUCGCGACUCAGACUAGUCGACGGCUCCAAAUCGAACUGGCUAGCAAACUGCCUUUCAUCGAGAACAAGAUGGUCGAGGCUCAAGAACGAGAGACGGCCACACACAACGCCAGACUAUUGGAGCACGGACUGAGAUUGGAUCUGCUCGAUUGCAAAACCACCAACGACGUGCUGCUGUGGAAGAUCACCGACGUGAAACGACGGAGGAGAGACGCCGUGACGGGCAAGACGCCGUCGAUUUACUCCCAGCCGUUCUACACGUCUCCGAACGGAUAUAAAUUGUGUGUUCGAAUGUACCGUAAUGGUGACGGAAUUGGACGCACCACGUAUCUCUCACUUUUUGUUGUUGUAAUGAGAGGAGAGUACAACAUCUUGCUUGAGUGGCCGCUCCACCAUCAGAUCACUUUCAUUCUUGUUGAUCAAACAGCAGGAGACAAAUAUGCGACGCGUUUCAACCAGACCCGACGUCGUCGUCCUUUUGGAGACUGA